GGAUGCUGCUGCCUUGGGUACACACAUUUCUUCUCAGCAACAUGCUUCUGGCAGAAGCCUAUGCAUCUGGAGGCUGCUUCUGGGACAACGGCCACUUGUACCGGGAGGACCAGCCCUCGCCCGCGCCGGGUCUCCGCUGCCUCAACUGGUUAGCCGCACAAAGCAGCCUCGUGUUGCUCGCCGAGCCCAGCCCCGGCAACCACAACUACUGCCGGAACCCGGACCAGGACCCGCGCGGGCCCUGGUGUUACAUCAGCAGCGAGACCGGCAUCCCUGAAAAGCGGCCUUGCGAGGACGCGCAUUGCCCAGAGACCACUUCCCCGGCACCACUAGCCUCUACAAGGGAGCUGCAAGAGAAGUCUGAGGCACCGGGUGACGAUGAGGCACAGGUGUUCCCUCCUGCUAACGCCCUGCCAGCCAGGAGUGAGGCAGCAGCAGUGCAGCCAGUGAUCGGGAUCAGUCAGCGUGUGAGGACGAACUCCAAAGAAAAAAAGGACCUGGGAACUCUGGGCUAUGUGCUGGGCAUUUCUAUGAUGGUGAUCAUCAUCGCCAUUGGUGUGGGCAUCAUCUUGGGCUACACUUACAAGAGGGGGAAGGACUUGAAAGAGCAACACGAGCAGAAAGUGUGUGAGAGGGAGAUGCAGCGGAUCACCCUGCCCCUGUCCGCCUUCACCAACCCCACCUGUGAGAUCGUGGACGAAAAGACCAUCAUUGUGCACAGCAACCAGACUCCUGCUGACCUGCAGGAGGGUAGCACCCUCCUCAUAGGCCAGGCUGGCACCCCUGGGGCCUGAGCCCCUUCAGUGGGCAGGUGCCCAUGCAGACACUGGUAUAGGACAGGCCAUUCUCCUGCUGUUGGGAGGAGCUACAUUUUGUGUUGUGGUUAAAACCUUAUCCUAUUUUUCUUUCCAGGGGGAAUGUGAGUCCUCAUGACACAAGCAGAAGCAGGUAGCAUUAUGGGUGAGGGUAAGGAGACUGGGUAGGGUCCCAUGGGUGCGCCUUUUCUAUCCCUUGGAGCAGGCUUUGCCUGCAGAUGGAGACUGGCACAGUAACCAAAGUGGUGCUGUGGCAAAUAAGGGCUUCCACACAGUCUGGGCCAGAGAAAGACGGGGAGCUUGCCAAAGCUCUUCCAUGCUGUAUACUUAGGGUGGCCUCAGUCUCUGCCUUCCCAUUUGUCACCCAGGAACUUGAGUGGCGUAUACUGUUAUUCAUAGUUAAGGUCAAGCAGGUCGUGCAGGAGGCAGCAUUAAAAAUGCAU